CUCACUCUCAAGCAAUUAUGUCUCAGCCAUGGCUCAUCCUAACAGUGAUCACCUGCUCAAUCCUCAUGCAGGCAUGCAAGCCUGUGACAUCUCUAUCCGAUAAAAUCCUGAGCUUGCCCGGUCAACCGAGUGGUGGUUUCAGCCACUAUUCAGGUUAUAUCACAGUGGGUGACCACCCACCAAGAGCUCUCUUUUACUACUUUGUGGAAGCAGAGACAAGCCCUGCCUCUAAGCCUCUUGUUCUCUGGCUAAAUGGAGGGCCUGGCUGUUCUUCUUUGGGGUAUGGAGCUUUCAUUGAGCAUGGCCCUUUCGAAGUGAAGGGAGGGGGUCUGGUGAAAAGAGAUUACAGCUGGAACAAAGUGGCCAAUCUCCUAUACCUGGAGUCUCCGGCAGGAGUCGGCUUUUCUUACUCGACUAGUCAGUCAUUUUACAAGGGUAUUACUGACAAUAUAACAGCACAAGACAAUCUAGUGUUCCUGCAGCACUGGUUCACCAAAUACCCGCAGUACAAAGGGAGAGACUUCUUCAUCACUGGGGAAAGUUAUGCAGGUCACUAUGUGCCUGAACUUGCACAGCUCAUUGUCAAAUCCAAGGUGGAGAUCAAUUUAAAGGGCAUAGCGAUUGGUAAUCCUUUAUUGGAUUAUGAAGUCGACACGAACACCCCGACCACAUUUUACUGGUCCCACGGGAUCAUAUCAGACCAAUCCGAGCUGCUCUUUCAAAAUGUCUGUAACCUCACUCGGCUCUUGGGUGAAAUCAGAUCGAAGGCUCUGACUUCUGAGUGUGCAUAUGUUGUGCUAAAGGUAGCGAAAGAACUUAAUGAUACCAAUGCAAUCGACCAGUACGAUAUCCUUGCGGACCUCUGCCUAACAUCGGGGCAAUCAAAAAGCUCAUUCAACUUUUCUCCACAUUUUGUAUUUUGCAUACAGAGCCUUUUGGACACUAAAGAUCCCUGCGAAGAGCAGGAUGUCAUUAAGUACUUUAACCGUAAAGACGUACAGAUUGCACUCCACGCCAAGCUUGUCGGAGUUGGACACUGGAACACGUGCAGCGAUGAUAUCAAUGAAAACUUCAGAUUUGAGGACCGGUAUAUAAGUAUGAUCCCAAUCUUGGGAGAACUGGUCAAGUCCGGUCUCCGAGUCCUUGUUUACAGUGGGGAUCUAGAUGCAGUCGUCCCCUUCCUCGGAACUCGGACUAUGGUCGACGCCUUAGCAACCAAGGUGCUGAAACGGAAGACAACUUUGUCCUACAGAGCUUGGUUCACUAGCAAGCAGGUUGCUGGAUACACGCAAGAGUACGGCAAGUUGGCGUUCGCGACCAUUAAAGGAGCUUCGCACACUGCCCCGGCCACGCAACCGGAGAGGUCGUUGCAGCUCUUCACCCCAUUCUUGAAAGGGAAAUCACUGCCUACUAAAGCAUGAGGUCCACAGAGGCAUCUUCGAUAAAGAGCCUGGAUUAUCUAAUAUAAU